AUGUAUAUUAGUGAUAAUAAUAAUAAUAAUAAUAAUAAUAAUAAUAAUCACAACGUAUCUACUGCAGUUGAAGAGUCAUUUAUCAAUCGCUGGAAUCGACCAGUUGACCCCGAUAUGUUAAUUGCUAUAGUACGUAUACAAUCAUUAUAUCGUGGUUAUCGUAUUCGGAAUGCCAUACGUUUAAGUCAGACAAAAUAUAUUAUAGAAACUUUAUUAUCGGUCGUGAAUUUUCAACAUCACUCAAAUAAUGAUAGUAAUAACAAUAGUGUUAUAGAGAAAUGUGAAUUCAAACUCAAUCGUUUUAUACAAAAAAGAAUUUUGCAAAGAAUGAAACGUUUAUCUACUGGUUGGAUGAGUUGUUUAAAUCUAUUACAACAAGGUCAACGUCAAUCUGAGGCGGGAAAUAAAUUAAUCGAACGAUUAGUUGUUACCAAUUCCAGAACAAGUGAUAAUAAUAAUAAUAGUGAUAAUAGUAACUUUAGUAUACAAAGUAAAUUCUAUAAAGAUAUUGAUUCGUAUUUAAGUAUCAAAGAAUAUUCUGGAACUUGUUCUGAAAUUCCAUCUCCAUGUCCAAUGCAUAAUACAGGAUCUCAAUUAAUCGAUAAUGACAAAUGCAAUAAUAAUCCAUUUCAUAAAGAUUGGAUUCAUUUAUUAUUUCGUGAUUGUAUUUAUCCAUCGAAAUUAUUGAAAAAUGAAUGUGUCAAUCAUGAAGAAGGAGUGAAAUAUUCAAUUCGACUGAAAACAACUAUAUCGGAUAGUUAUAUUUUAUUAGUAAAUAAUGAUAAUGGUAAGUGUAUGAAAUUUUAUACUUACUCCACUGUUGUAAAUAGAACUAGUCGAUUCUCUCCCCGAAGUUCAAAAGAAAAAUCUCCACCCUCUACAUCUAGUCUUGAUGAAGAUGAAGUGAAUGAUGUCCAGCAAAAAUUAAACAAUCUUCAAUCAUUAUUUAUACAAACGAAAAAUCAAAUUGAUUUGUCAACCAUUGACCAGAAUGAUUAUGAGAAUAUAAAUAAAGUUGAUCAGAGACUUCAAUCAAAUAAUCAGUCAGAUGAAAUGAAUCAAUCUAAGGCUGAUGAGAUGAAUGCAGAAGAACACAAAGAAAAUAUUGAUGAACAUGAUUCAUUUGUAAAUUUACCGAAUUAUGCGACAUUUUCUGUGAAAAAAUCUCAUCAAUAUGCUGUGGAAAAUUGGCUAUUUUCUAAUUUCAAUCAUAUUUAA